AGUCGGUGGAGAACGUGUUGGUACAAGUAGGUGUUAUUAGAGGGAGUAAAAAUAUUUUGUCAUUCUAAACUGCAGUUUAACGACAAGUUUGACUAGUGCGUUAGACCUAUUUGGCAGGUAGAAUGCUUGCUCUUCUCCAACACGGUAGGUGGCAGGAAUGCGCUAAUAUUGUUGGUUGCAAAGCGCCUUAAAAUCCUACAGAAGAAGUAGUGAACACUUGUUUUGUCCCGGUUUGCCCACCACAACUAAUGUCGACCUUUUACACAUCUGCCUUUUAACUUUGUGACAUAGCUCUCCAUGCGAUAUUAUACAACAUGAGUAAAUACCCAACGACAUGGCAAGUCUGUAUUGGUGGUGGCGGUGAAAGUUUAGCUUAGCCAUCUAGCGAUUAUAGCUAGCUACAUAACAUUUGGAGCAAUUGGUAUGUUUAGUAAUCCGUUCAGACCCUUCCAUAACAGAUCUGUUCCGAAGUUACAGUGCUUUCAAGGAAAAUGUUGCCCAUCUAAUGAUAAUGGUGAAAAGUCUUAGAAGGUAAAGAAAGCUCCACGGCUGAAACCUUAGCUACAGCUAUGGCCGGUAACCUCUACAGAAACGUUGGUCUGAAGACUGCUUUCAGGUGGCUAAGUCCUCUUAAAGCUGCCUCAUCCGUGGCCAAGACAUUAUCCCCUGGCUUCAGUGGUGGACUGCUACAGACACCCAGGCCUGCGUCGUCGGGUGUCCGAUGUCAGGAACUCCACGCUGGGGGAAGAAGUCCCACCCAGUCCCCCUCAGCAGCCCCAGAGAGGGGCACUUUCUCAAGGGUAACUCCGGAGGACCUGGCUUUCUUCAGGGAGUUACUACCGGGCAGGACCAUCACUGACCCAGACCUACUGGAGGCCUGUAAUGUGGACUGGCUGAAGUCAGUGAAAGGUUCUGGCGAGGUUUUGCUGAAGCCCAAGACUACAGAGGAAGUGUCUCAGAUUCUCAGGUACUGCAACCGUGGUAACCUGGCAGUGACUCCUCAGGGGGGAAACACUGGCCUGGUGGGGGGAAGCGUUCCUGUCUACGACGAAAUCGUCCUCUCCACUGCUCUCAUGAACAACGUCCUCAACUUUGACUCGGCAUCUGGUAUUUUGUCGUGCCAGGCAGGCUGUGUGUUGGAGAGCUUGUCCGUCUACCUGGAGGACAGGGACUACAUCAUGCCCCUAGACCUGGGAGCCAAGGGAAGCUGCCAUAUUGGAGGAAAUGUGGCCACCAACGCUGGAGGGCUGAGGUUACUACGCUACGGCUCCCUACGAGGGACAGUUUUAGGACUAGAGGUGGUAUUAGCAGAUGGAAGGGUCCUGGACUGCCUGACCGCCCUGAGGAAGGACAACACGGGAUACGACCUCAAACAGCUGUUCAUUGGUUCAGAGGGCACCCUCGGGGUUAUCACCGCGGUGACCAUCCUGUGUCCACGGAAACCGAAAGCCGUCAACGUCGCCUUUCUGGGAUGUGAGAGCUUUGAGCAGCUGCUACAGACGUUCCAGCGCUGCAGAGGCAUGCUGGGAGAGAUCCUGUCAGCCUUCGAGUUCUUGGACAGAGAUUGUAUGAGACUACUGAACACACAUCUCAAACUGGCAAACCCCAUCACAGACUGUCCAUUCUACAUCGUCAUAGAAACGUCCGGGUCUAACCCCACCCACGAUGAGGAGAAGCUUCACCAGUUUCUGGAGGAGACCAUGAGGUCCUCCCUGGUUACAGAUGGGACAGUGGCAACAGAAGAGUCAAAAAUAAAGGCUCUCUGGUCGCUGCGCGAGCGUGUAACAGAGGCUUUAACACACGACGGCUUCACAUAUAAAUACGACAUUUCGCUUCCUGUGGAACGGAUCUACCAGCUGGUCACGGACAUGAGAGAGCACCUGGGAGACCGGGCCAAAAGCGUAGUGGGAUAUGGACACGUUGGCGAUGGUAACCUUCACCUGAACAUCACCUCACCCGCCAAAGACCCCGCCCUCCUGGCAUCCAUCGAGCCCUUCAUCUACGAGUGGACGGCGCGUUUCCGUGGCAGCAUCAGCGCAGAGCACGGGCUGGGCCUGAAGAAGAGGAACUACAUCUACUACAGUAAAUCCAACAUGGCUGUCGAUCUGAUGGGGAGCAUUAAGAUCUUGUUGGACCCCAAGGGCAUUCUCAACCCUUAUAAAACCCUGCCAGAUGACCUGCAGUGACCCUUGACCUCCUGACCUAGUACCGGAUUACCUGAAAUUGCCCUAACUCUUAGCCCGUACUGCCUCUGGUUGUCUCCAGGGUUCUACUCAUAACCGCACUAAAGAAAAACGUUUUGCACUGAUGAACUCAACGUUUCCGUUUAAUGAAGUCCUUUGUAAAUAGACCUGAUUGUGUUUGUUGUGGAAUCUGUUUGACCGUCAGAAUGGCAGAUACCACGUUAUGUUCGGUGACAGGGCAGAUUUAUUACAUAAAUAAAUAAUAAACAGCAACAA